GUGACGCGAGCCCUCGCCCCACCCGGUCCGCAGCCACUCCGGGUCUGCCUUCCCAAGCUCCAGAGAUUCACGUGAUCCUCCCGGGGCCAGUCACGUGAGGCGCGGAUCUCGGAUGGGAGGGGGCGGGCCGAGGGGUCCCGAGUAAGAGCAGUGCGGGAGGAAGAUGGCGGGGUGCAGGGGGUCUCCGUGCUGCUGCUGCCGGUGGUGCUGCUGCUGCGGGGAGCGUGAGACCCGCACCCCCGAGGAGCUGACUAUCCUUGGAGAAACACAGGAAGAGGAGGAUGAGAUCCUUCCAAGGAAAGACUAUGAGAGUUUGGAUUACGACCGCUGUGUCAAUGACCCUUACCUGGAGGUUCUGGAGACCAUGGACAAGAAGGGAGGCCACAAGUAUGAGGCGGUGAAGUGGAUCAUGGUGUUUGCCACUGGAGUAUGCACUGGGCUGGUGGGUCUCUUUGUGGACUUCUUUGUGCGCCUCUUCACCCAGCUCAAGUUUGGAGUGGUCCAGACCUCUGUGGAAGAAUGCAGCCAGAAGGGAUGCCUUGCCCUGUCUCUCUUGGAACUCCUGGGCUUCAACUUGACCCUCGUCUUCUUGGCGAGCCUUCUUGUCCUAGUUGAGCCGGUGGCAGCAGGUUCGGGGAUACCUGAGAUCAAGUGCUACCUCAACGGCGUGAAGGUACCUGGCGUCGUCCGCCUGCGGACCCUGCUCUGCAAAGUCUUUGGAGUGCUGUUCAGCACGGCUGGCGGGCUCUUUGUGGGGAAGGAAGGUCCCAUGAUCCACAGUGGAGCCGUGCUGGGAGCUGGCCUUCCUCAGUUUCAGAGCAUCUCCUUACGGAAGACCCUAUUCAACUUCCCUUACUUCCGAAGUGACAGAGACAAGCGGGACUUUGUGUCGGCAGGGGCAGCUGCUGGAGUCGCUGCGGCUUUUGGGGCUCCGAUUGGGGGCACCUUGUUCAGUCUGGAGGAGGGCUCAUCCUUCUGGAACCAAGGGCUCACGUGGAAAGUGCUCUUCUGUUCCAUGUCUGCCACCUUCACCCUCAACUUCUUUCGUUCCGGGAUUCAGUUUGGCAGUUGGGGCUCCUUCCAGCUCCCCGGACUGCUGAAUUUUGGCGAGUUCAAGUGCUCUGACUCUGAUAAAAAAUGUCAUCUCUGGACAGCUGUGGACUUGGGCUUCUUCAUCGUGAUGGGGGUCCUCGGGGGCCUCCUGGGAGCCAUGUUCAACUGUCUGAACAAGAGGCUCGCCAAGUACCGUGUGAGAAACGUGCUCCCGAAACCCAAGCUCGUCAGAGUCCUGGAGAGCCUCCUGGUGUCUCUGGUAACCACUGUGGUGGUGUUCGUGGCCUCGAUGGUAUUGGGAGAAUGCCGACAGAUGUCCUCCUCAGGUCAGACCGGCAAUGAUUCGUUUCGGCUGCAGGCUAUGUCAGAAGAUGUGAAUUCAAGUAUCAAGACCUUCUUUUGUCCCAAUGAGACCUACAACGACAUGGCCACACUCUUCUUCAAUCCUCAGGAGUCUGCCAUCCUCCAGCUUUUCCACCAGGAUGGGACGUUCAGCCCCGUCACUUUGGUCUUAUUCUUCGUCCUCUAUUUCUUACUGGCAUGUUGGACUUACGGCAUUUCUGUCCCAAGUGGCCUUUUUGUGCCUUCUCUGCUGUGUGGAGCUGCUUUCGGACGUCUAGUUGCCAACGUCCUGAAAAGCUACAUUGGGCUGGGCCACAUCUAUUCAGGGACCUUUGCGCUGAUUGGUGCCGCCGCCUUCCUGGGCGGGGUCGUCCGCAUGACCAUCAGCCUCACCGUCAUCCUGAUUGAAUCUACCAACGAGAUCACUUACGGGCUUCCUAUCAUGAUCACCCUGAUGGUCGCCAAGUGGACAGGGGACUUCUUCAACAAGGGCAUCUACGAUAUCCACGUGGGCCUGCGGGGCGUGCCGCUUCUCGAGUGGGAGACGGAGGUGGAAAUGGACAAGCUGAGAGCCAGCGACAUCAUGGAGCCCAACCUGACUUACGUCUACCCGCACACCCGCAUCCAGUCCCUGGUCAGCAUCCUGCGCACCACGGUCCACCACGCCUUCCCCGUGGUCACAGAGAACCGGGGCAAUGAGAAGGAGUUCAUGAAGGGCAACCAGCUGGUCAGCAACAACAUCAGGUUCAAGAAGUCCAGCAUCCUCACCCGGGCGGGCGAGCAGCGCCGUCGGAGCCAGUCCAUGAAGUCCUACCCAUCCAGCGAGCUCCGGAACGUGUGUGACGAGAACGUGGCCCCCGAGGAGCCGGCCGAGAAGGAGGACCUCCUGCAGCAGAUGCUGGAGCGCAGAUACACGCCCUACCCCAACCUGUACCCUGACCAGUCCCCAAGUGAAGACUGGACCAUGGAGGAGCGCUUCCGCCCUCUGACCUUCCAUGGUCUCAUCCUCCGGUCCCAGCUUGUCACCCUGCUCGUCCGAGGAGUCUGCUACUCUGAAAGCCAGUCGAGUGCCAGCCAGCCACGCCUGUCCUAUGCCGAGAUGGCCGAGGAUUACCCUCGCUGCCCUGACAUCCAUGACCUGGACCUGACACUGCUGAACCCACGGAUGAUCGUGGAUGUCACCCCAUACAUGAACCCUUCACCCUUCACUGUGUCACCCAACGCCCACGUCCCUCAAGUGUUCAACCUGUUCAGGACCAUGGGCCUGCGACACCUGCCAGUGGUGAAUGCGGUGGGGGAGGUCGUGGGGAUCAUCACACGACACAACCUGACGAACGAGUUCCUGCAGGCCCAACUGCGGCAGCACUGCCAGACCAUCUGACGGCCACUGCCAGCCCGUCCUCUCCGGGAGCUGCCCGCUUGCACUCCACCACCCUGACCGGCUGCAGCUGUCCAGGGCAUGGGAGGGCCCCCAUCACCCUCAUCCGUGGGAAAGCCUCCAACCAUUGAGCACUGUGCAGAGAUCCUGGGCGGGUAUGAGCCACUAGGCCGUGGGCUGCUCUGACUUUCUCAGCAAGUUCCCCCUUUCCUGCCCCUUCCCUACCACCCAGUGUUGACACAGACCUCUGACCUCUCCUUACAGCACCAGGACAGAGGGGCCAGGCCUUGCUCAGUGAGGGGGGUCAGGCCUUGCUCAGUGAGGGGGGUCAGGCCUUGCUCAGUGAGGGG